AUGGAACCAGAGUGCGUCGGCUCGGAAUGCGCCACAGUGUGUGCUGCUCCCGUUAUCAUCACCUGCUCCUCCAUUGACAUCAGUUCUAGGCGGCUCCGCCGACGUUACCGCAUCGGCCAGUCGCCGUCGCGGUUCCGCCAUACCACGUCCGACUCGGAUACUGAUGACUGCGACUGGGACCGACCGAGUCCAACGUUGGCCGAGGCCCCCCUACCUGUCGAGUCUCACGCGAACCAACAAGAAACCACCCCCCGGCCGGAACGACUUGUUGAUGACGGCGAACCCAAGCUAUGCAAGGAGCAGCAGAAUCUGGUCGACCUGAUUGCCAGCGGUCGUAACGUCUUCUACACGGGCUCGGCAGGUUGUGGCAAGUCGACGGUGUUGAAGGCUGCUCUAAAGAGACUCCGGGCCAUGGGCAUGGUCGUCGACGUCUUGGCUCCCACCGGCCGAGCCGCCCUUCAGCUUCCGUUAGAUAAACUCAAGACUCUGGCCUUCCGAAAGCAUGUCCGGCAGCGUCUCAGGCACACCGAUGUACUCAUCAUCGAUGAGAUCAGCAUGGUCGAGAAUCAUCACCUGCAGCGCAUUAAUGUUUGCAUGAAGGAGGUGAGGCGCUGGAAAGACGAUGAUCCGCCUGCAUUCGGUGGAGUCCAGGUCGUUGUCACCGGCGACUUCUGCCAACUCCCCCCGGUGAAGCCUUUCCAGCAUUGCAUCGAGUGCGGGCACGAGAUGGAAGCCGAUGCAAGCAAAACUGAAUUCAAUUGCCCAGCCGACGAGAAUCAUGGGCCAUUCCACGAGCAUGAAAAGUGGGCUUUCAUGAGUGAUGCAUGGGGUCAAUGUGACUUUACAAAUGAGGUGGCCAAGAUUAAUUCAGAAAGAUUUAACAAACUCAAGACCCCCAUUGUCAAAUAUCGCACCUUGGACGAUUUCAUGUGGAACAAGCGACAAGUAGAGCUAAGAGCAGGCAUGCUCGUGGUGCUGCAAGUCAAUCUCGACCUUCCAGGCGGGCUUUGCAAUGGAAGUCAGGGCAUCAUUUGCGGGUUCGAAAAUUACGAUCCUACAACAAUUCCCAAACCCAAGUCACGAGACUAUGUGGCGCUUAAGGAAGAACAAGUACAACGCUUCAUAAACAGCCAAAACAACCGCGUCUGGCCUCGGGUGCUUUUCCACAAUGGCAUGAAGCGGACUAUUUAUGCCGAAUGUGUCGUCAACGCCGUCGGCGACCAGGAACCCUUUUCUCUCUUGCACCGCACGCAAAUCCCUCUUGUAGCCGCCUGGGCCAUGAGCAUCCACAAGAGUCAGGGCAUGACGCUGGAUCGCGUCAUAGUCGACCUAACGAGAGCUUUUGAGGAAGGGCAGGUCUAUGUCGCUUUGUCGCGGGCGACAAGUCUUCAUGGUCUCAGGGUCGAGGGGCGUCCAGAGGGGUUGAAUGUAGGGCGCGGUGGCAACCCCCAUGUGCAGCAGUUUAUGCGGGACAAGUUUGGGCCCGAGGUGCUGGGGGAAGACUCUGAAAGGUGA